CUAAAGUUACGUGGAUUAUUUCUGAAUAGAAAAUUAAUAUUUUUGGAGAUCAUUUACUUCUCCGUUUCAAUCUAUUUGUGUUACUAUAUCUUUUUUAGUCAAAUUAAAAAAAUAAUGUAUUUUUAAUAGAUGUUUAUGACCACGAGAUUAAAUAACAUUUUAGUUUUAAAAGUUUUCUUAUUUUUUUCCUAUUUAUAUUUGUGGAGUGACUUUCAAAAUCUAUAAGCUGAAGAAUUUUGAAAAUCUGGUCAGUCUUCGGCAGGGACUUCUCUGCCAGCAAUCGCUGCUUCUCCGAGAAUUUCAAGAUUUUCAGAGCAAAACGUUGCAAACUCUUUCGGUGGUUAAGUACUGUAAUGGUAACAUCAGAUUGGUGUAAGUUGCCAGUGGAACUUUUGGGGUUAAUUGCUAGUCGGCUGCAUUUUGCUGAAGACUGGGUACGGUUUGGUGCAGUCUGUAAGGCAUGGAGAAUUUGUGUAAUACAAAAUGGCAAUUCUUCACGCUCAUUCCUUCCUUGGCUGAUGCUUCCUCAGAGGAAAGAUGAGAGCUUGCGCAGAUUUUAUAGUCCUUUCAACUGUAAGAGUUAUGAUAUAUGUUUGCCAGAUGUUCUGGAUAAACGCUGUUGGGGUUCUUCUCAUGGUUGGUUGGUCACUCUAGGUGCCAAUUUUGAGAUGCACUUGCUGAAUCCAUUAUCAAGGGGGCAAAUCUCACUCCCGCCACUUCAUAAAUGCCCUAAUUUGAAUCUGGUUUGUACAGGAAAGAGCUUCCGCGAUUCGUUUGUUUACAAAGUUAUCUUGUCUGCUAGUCCAUCUUCAUCAGAUUGUGUUAUUUUUGCUAUCUAUUCUGAUAAUUGGAAGAUGGCAUUUACAAAGCCAGGUGAUGUUGCUUGGACUCCUUUGAGUUGCAUCCAUGGCCAUGUUGAUGAUGCCAUGUGUCACGAUGGGAAGUUUUAUGCCAUCGACACUUUUGGUGAAAUUCUGAUGUGGGACUUAGCCGGCUCUUUGUUGAAGAGAAUAGCUUUUCCACCAUCUCGCGAUUUGGAUAAUUUGGUGUAUGCUACUACAUAUCUUGUCGAGGUAAAUGGCCAAAUAUAUGCCAUAAUGAGGCUUUUGUUUGAUACAAGAAUCACAGAUACUCCUUGUCUAACCACUUGGUGUUUCAAAAUUUACAAUUUGGAUAUCUGCAACGAUAAGUGUGAAGAAGUGAAAUCUUUGGGUGAUUGGUCUAUUUUUGUAGGAAACAAUCAUUCCUUCUCAAUACCAUCCUCUACGUACCCAGAAUGUGAGAGUAACUGCAUAUACUUCACAGAUGACUUCUCCGGAGUUCAUUACAGUGUAGUACAUGGCUAUGAUAUGGGUAUUUAUCGCGUUCAGAAUCUCAGUGUACAACCUCUUCUUCAGGAAGAUGUCUCCGACUCUGCAUUCUCGCUGCCACUGUGGAUAAUACCAAUUUUAUCGUAA